UCGAAUGGAUGCAAUAAGUUCUUUCCCUUUACCACCUUACAUAUACAUUAAUAAAUACACCACUGAAAAUCUUCGUAGUAAUGAUAAAUCACUCAAACUUGAACCUCCUUUACCACCUACGGAUAAGUACGUUUCUUUUGGAAAUAUCUAUGAUGUCAAUGAAAUUCCAAUGAUGUCCCUAGAAUAUCACGGAAUUAAACGUUUAUAUCCUAUAAAAUAUAAUCGCAAAUUUGAAUUGGAAAAAAUUUUAAAAUCAAUAAUAACCAAUUAUUUUGAUUUGAUUGAUAUAUUAGUUAACAAUCCUGAUUCUGUUGAAAGAAUAGAGAAGCUGGAGGAUAUAAAUCUUCUGUAUAUACACAUUAGUCAUUUAAUAAAUGAAUAUCGUCCUCUUCAAGCUAAAUAUUUUUUGAAUGGAUUGAUGGAAAAACAGUUGUCUGAAAGAAAACUCAUUAUCAAUGAUCUUAAAGAAAAUUUAGAAAAAACCAAAAAUGUGAUUCACGCCAUGAAAUUUCUUUUGCCCAACGACGAUAUCAUUAAAAGCGUCACGGCCACGUUUCCGCCUACGGAAAAGAACGAAAAGGCGGCGCGGAGAAAAAAGGAGAGUCAAGCUUCGGAGAGGAAUUCCAGCGCCGUUGCCGAAAUACCCCUCGACGACAAAUGCGUCGAUAAUAUGGAACUAUAUAAUACUAAAGACCUCAUAUUAUAUAAGGCCAGUUUAGAUCUGACGUGAUUUUAAGGAGGGAAAAAAAACUAAAUUUCUUUAAUAUAUUAAUUUGUACCGAUAAA